AUGUAUAGGAAAUACCCUAGUGUAAGUCAACUGAGUCGAUUGACUCGUGAUAACGAUGGUGGUGGUAGUAGUUUGUACAGGACGUAUGAUGUCAAUGAGAGGUUUAAGGCAAGUGAAGAUAUUGAAGGAGUUGAUAAUAUGGCCGUCGACUGGGUGGAUUCACUUUUCACUAUCGCUUAUCAUAAGGGCGCUUCUUGUGGGGUGUAUGACUUCGGAAAAGAUAUGUCUGAGAACUCGCGAGUGUUUAUUCAUCAUGACGCAGAUGUGAUGUUUUUACCCAGGGAAAACGUUUUGAAAAUACGUACUGAAUUGGGAGUUUUGAGAGGGGGUCCGAGAGAAAUGAUACUCAUUCCAAAAGGCAUCAAAUAUACCGUCGAUAAGGCCGGCAGUGGGCGUGCUAAAGGAUAUUUCCUGGAGAACUACGGAGCGCCAUUCAAAAUUCCCGACCUUGGUCCGAUCGGCAUCACCUCCGGCUUAGCUCACCCGAGGCACUUUCGAGCACCAACGGCUUCAACAGUGGAGAAAAGAGGAGCGUCUGAGUUGAUAUCGAAAUUCAGUGGGAGAAUGUACCUUUCGAAGUUGAGUAAAACGCCGUAUGAUGUGGUUGGUUGGUACGGAAAUUAUUACCCAACGGUUUACGAUUUGGGGCUAUUCAUGGCGAUUAAUACCGUAACAUACGAUCAUCCUGAUCCGAGCAUUGGAGUAGUGUUGCAAUCGCCAUCGUUAUCAUAUGCACCAGGAACUGCUAACAUCGAUUUUGUGAUAUUCCCGCCGAGAUGGUUAACUGCUGAGAACACAUUUCGUCCACCUUGGUUUCACAGAAAUGUUAUGUCGGAGUUUAUGGGGUUACUCUACGGUGGGUAUGAUGCCAAACAAGGCUUCAAACCAGGAUGCAGUUCUAUUCACAAUCAACUCUCUCCACACGGUCCUGAUCUUGCUACUACUACUAGUAGCAGUAAUGACGGUAAACCUGAGAGGUACCACGGCACCUUGGCGUUUAUGUGGGAGUCGGAUCAAAUUUGGAUUCCGACGAAACAAGCUCUUGAGGUGCUGAAGGAUGAUACUUAUGUGGACUGUUGGAAAGGCUCGGGUGAAGACCCGUGGGAGAGAUUUGAUCCCAGUGAAAUUCCCAACGAGCCCAGCAAGUUGCCGUUCGAUCCGAAUAGGGCUGAGUGA